GAAAAGAAAAAGGAGUUUAUCUAUCAACUUGAGAUUCAUUUAUGCUGACAACAAACGAAGCAUAUGGGAGUAACCUAAAGAAAAAGGGUAGCAUGUGGGCUUUAGAUCAGAACCUCGAUGAGCCUAUUGAUGACGAUGCUGUGAGGAUCAGAAAUGUAUCCAAAGAAAAAAAAUUUUCGGCUCUGUUAAUUCUUCGGCUUGCAUAUCAGAGUCUUGGUGUGGUUUAUGGAGAUUUGGGAACUUCCCCUUUGUACGUUUUCUACAAUACUUUUCCUCAUGGUGCUAAAGAUCAGGAGGAUGUUAUUGGAGCUCUUUCUUUGAUUAUAUACUCACUUACACUGGUGCCGCUCAUCAAAUACGUUUUUAUUGUAUUGAGAGCAAAUGACAAUGGCCAAGGUGGAACAUUUGCUCUCUACUCUUUGCUUUGCCGACACGCCAACAUUAAAAUCAUUCCCAAUCUGCAUCGUACCGAUGAAGAGCUCACUACAUAUAGUCGGGCCACCAUCCAUGAAAAGUCGUUUGCUGCGAAAACUAAAAGAUGGAUAGAGGCACACCAAUAUGCUAAAGACACUAUCCUGAUCCUUGUCCUCAUUGGUACCUGCAUGAUGAUUGGGGAUGGGAUUCUUACCCCAACUAUUUCUGUUUUAUCUGCAGUUGGUGGCAUCAAGUUAACUAUCCCUGAUGUGAAAAAUGAAGUGGUAGUGCUGGUUUCUGUUGCAAUAAUAGUUGGGUUAUUCAGCUUGCAACAUUAUGGUACGGAUCGAGUUGGUUGGCUCUUUGCUCCAAUUGUCUUGCUUUGGCUUCUCCUAAUUGGAGCUAUUGGUAUAUACAACAUAUUGAAUUACGACCGCAGUGUUCUAAGAGCAUUUUCUCCCGUCUAUAUCUAUCGGUAUCUAAAAAGAGGACGGCGAGAAGAUUGGACUUCCCUUGGUGGUAUCAUGCUCAGCAUAACAGGAACCGAAGCUCUUUUUGCUGACUUGGCUCAUUUUCCAGUCUCAUCUGUACAAAUUGCAUUUACUGUUCUCGUGUUUCCUUGCCUUCUCUUGGCGUACUCUGGACAGGCCGCUUAUCUUCUGAAUAACUUGGAUCAUACGCAAGAUGCUUUCUAUCGUUCUAUUCCAGACAAAAUGUACUGGCCGGUAUUUGUUGUGGCAACAGGAGCGGCUGUUGUUGCAAGCCAGGCUACAAUAUCUGCAACCUCUUCAAUUAUUAAGCAAGCCCGUGCUCAUGGCUGUUUUCCGCGAAUCAAAAUCGUACAUACUUCGAAGAAGUUCCUUGGCCAGAUAUAUAUUCCAGACAUCAAUUGGAUCCUUAUGGUUCUCUGCAUCACUGUUACUGCUGGGUUUGAGAAUCAAAGCCAAAUUGGAAAUGCAUAUGGUACUGCUGUUUUGUUUGUGAUGCUGGUAACAACAUUUCUCAUGAUAUUAAUCAUGAUAUUAGUGUGGCACUGCCAUUGGAUCCUUGCCAUCAUUUUUGCCGGCGUAUCAUUUCUUGUGGAGCUUUCAUACUGCUCUGCUGUGCUAUUCAAAGUUGAUCAAGGUAGUUGGAUACCCUUUUUAAUUGCUGGAGCAUUUUUCAUUGUCAUGUAUGUAUGGCACUACGGUAAGCUGAAACGAUACGAGUUUGAAAUGCAUAGUAAGGUCUCAAUGGCAUGGGUUCUUGGCCUCGGACCGAGUUUAGGACUGGUUCGAGUUCCCGGAGUUGGACUAGUAUACACACAACUCUCGAGAGGAGUACCACAUAUCUUUUCACAUUUCAUAACUAACUUGCCGGCUAUACAUUCCGUUGUAAUUUUCGUGUGCGUUAAGUAUCUUCCUGUCUACACUGUCCCGGAAGAAGAACGGUUCCUUGUCAAGAGAAUUGGCCCCAAGAGUCUCCACAUGUUUCGCUGCGUGGCGCGAUAUGGCUACAAAGAUCUCCACAGGAGAGACGAUGAUUUUGAGAACAAACUCUUCGAAAGUCUUUUCUUGUUUGUCAAGCUUGACUACAUGAUGGAAGGAUGCUCGGAUUCAGAGAAUUACAGUUCGUAUGAGCAAACACCGGCGGAGUCGAAUAACAAUAACGAGAAUACACAUUCAUCGAAUAUGGAUUUGUCAGUUACGUCAGUAGAUUCACUAGAAUCUGAUAGAUCUGAAUCACAUGGGAAUAUUGCUUCACGGCCACCUGAGGUCGAUGAACUCGAGUUCUUGAACAAAUGCCGGGAUGCCGGGGUGGUUCACAUUCUUGGAAACACAGUUGUGAGGACGAGGGAUUCAAGAUUCUACAAGAAAAUAGCUAUUAAUUUUAUAUAUGCAUUCCUUAGGAAGAUAUGCAGGGAAAAUAGUGUGCUUUUCAACAUUCCUCAUGAGAGUCUCUUAACUGUUGGUCAGAUUUGCUAUAUAUAGUGCCCCUUUACCUCCUCCUGUUUUAUGCAAAUGUGGAAUAAAAUACUGGGAACACAUCCCAU